AUGAAGGACGAUUAUGGCCUGGAUAUUAGUUAUCGGGUUGCAUGGUUAGGGGUGGAAAAAGCAAGAAACAAAGUAUUUGGCGACCACGCUAUGUCGUUCGAUCAACUUAGGUGGUAUAGUAAUGUUGUUAUGGAAAACAACCCACAUAACUACAUUAAUUUGGAUUUCGAUCAGCAAACUGGGAGGUUUGUGAGGUAUUUCAUAGCUUUUCGUGCAUGCAUCGACAGGUUCAAUGGUUGCCGUCCACUUCUAUUUUUGGAUGGUACAUUUUUUAAGGGAAGGUUCAAGGGGACAUUGCUCGCAGCCACCGCCAAGGAUGGAAACCAAGGUUUAUUCCCCAUCGCAUUUGCUAUUGUCGAUUCUGAAACCUCAUCAAACUGGGAAUGGUUUUUGCGGCAUUUGGCUGAAGUUGUAGACGGAGCUAGGAAUUUAACUUUCGUGUCUGAUCGUAAUUUGGGUUUAAUACAAUCAAUGGUCGUUGUCUUCCCCGCGGCACACCAUGCAUUUUGUUUGUUACAUCUUCAGAUGAAUCUUCGUGACCGAAUGAAAUAUGUUAACGCUGAUCAGAAAGUUGGUCUAAUGCGGAAGUUACGAGAUUGUGCUUACGCACCAACAGUAACAUCAUUCAACCAGAAAAUUGAAAUUUUAAAACAAUGCAGCCCAGUAGCGGUUGGUAAUUUUUUGCAAGACCUACAUCCGCAACAUUGGGCCAAUGCGUACUUUAGUGAGAUGUGGUCUAACGCCACAGAGUCAUUUAACAAUUGGAUUCGAGAAGCUCGACAGCUACCCAUUACUCAAUUGGUGGAUGCAAUAAGGGGAAAGAUCAUGGAAAAAAUGUCAAAGCGUAAAGUAAAAUCCAGCGCCUGGGUUGGUGAACUUUGUCCAAAAAUGGAAAAGCGUUUGAUGUCUGAGUUUAAAGAUAGCAGGCACUGGAUUGUUAGUCAAUCGGAUGACAAUGUUUUUGAGGUUCGGUCCCACCUGUCAGUGUUAGUUGACAUUGGCAAUCGUUCAUGUUCUUGUUUUCAAUGGCAACUAAAUGGUUUCCCAUGUCCCCACGCGGUUGUUGCGUUUCGAAAUAGUGGUAAGAAUGUGUAUGAUUACAUUGAACCGUUUUACCACGUGAUGAAGUAUAGGGCAGCGUAUGAAGGGUUGAUUCACCCAAUUUCCACCGUGGCGAAACCCAAGUUCACACCGUCAGACUAUCUCAUUGCACCACCCAUUUACAAACGUCCUCCUGGAAGGCCCAAUCGGAAAAGAAUUCCAUCAAAGGGCGAGGUUGUUCAACACAUUCGGUGUGGUCGUUGUGGCAAAAUGGGCCAUCAUAACAAUAAAACAUGCAAGGAAGCGAUGUAG